CUCCACAACCCCCAAUUGAUCUCCCUCCCCAUCUGUUUCCAUCUCUUCCCUCUCCAGACUCCUUCCCUCACAAUGUUCAGAAACGCCCUGCGGCAGUCCAGCCGCUCUGUCGCGGCUGUCUCUGCCUCUGGCAGGAUUGUUGGUGCUCGAGCUGCUGCACCAGGACCACUUUCGGCCGCUUCGCAGGUCCGGACAUACGCUGCUGAGGCCAAGGCUUCCCCUACCGAAAUAUCCUCUGCCCUCGAACGGAAAAUUCGUGGUAUUCAAGAAGAAGCCGGCUUUGCUGAAACUGGUCGUGUCCUCUCUGUUGGUGACGGUAUUGCUCGUGUCCAUGGCAUGACCAAUGUCCAGGCUGAGGAACUCGUUGAGUUUGCCUCUGGCGUCAAGGGCAUGUGCAUGAACUUGGAAGCCGGCCAAGUCGGUGUUGUGCUUUUCGGCUCUGAUCGUCUUGUCAAAGAAGGCGAAACUGUCAAGCGAACUGGCGAGAUUGUUGAUGUCCCCGUUGGCCCCGAGCUUUUGGGUCGUGUCAUUGAUGCUCUGGGUAACCCCAUUGACGGGAAAGGCCCAAUUAAGGCCAAGGAGAAGCGCCGUGCCCAGCUCAAAGCUCCUGGCAUUCUGCCUCGUCGCUCUGUCAACCAGCCUGUCCAGACCGGUCUCAAGUGUGUCGACUCUAUGGUCCCCAUUGGCCGUGGUCAACGUGAGCUGAUCAUUGGAGAUCGUCAAACCGGAAAAACUGCCGUCGCUCUUGAUGCCAUGUUGAACCAGAAGAGAUGGAAUGACACGAAUGAUGAGAGCAAGAAGCUGUACUGUGUUUACGUUGCUGUUGGACAGAAGCGUUCCACUGUCGCCCAGCUCGUCAAGACCCUUGAGGAGAACGAUGCCAUGAAGUACUCCAUCGUCGUUGCCGCCACUGCCUCUGAGGCCGCUCCUCUUCAAUAUAUCGCUCCAUUCACUGGCUGUGCUGUAGGAGAAUGGUUUCGUGAUAAUGGACGCCACGCUCUCAUCACUUAUGACGAUCUGUCUAAGCAGGCCGUUGCCUACCGUCAAAUGUCCCUUCUUCUCCGUCGUCCUCCAGGGCGUGAGGCUUACCCCGGAGAUGUCUUCUACCUCCACUCUCGACUUCUCGAGCGUGCUGCCAAGUUGAAUGACAACCACAAGGGUGGCUCCCUCACUGCCCUCCCCAUCAUUGAAACCCAGGGCGGUGAUGUUUCUGCCUAUAUUCCCACUAACGUCAUUUCCAUUACCGACGGCCAGAUCUUCUUGGAGGCUGAAUUGUUCUACAAGGGUAUCCGACCAGCCAUUAACGUCGGUUUGUCUGUGUCUCGUGUCGGCUCUGCCGCCCAGCUCAAGGCCAUGAAACAAGUCGCCGGUUCGCUCAAACUGUUCUUGGCUCAGUAUCGUGAGGUUGCAGCCUUCGCCCAGUUCGGUUCCGACUUGGACGCUUCCACCAAGCAGACUCUCAACCGUGGUGAGCGCCUGACCGAGCUGCUUAAACAGAAGCAAUAUAGCCCCAUGGCUGUCAACGAAAUGGUUCCACUCAUUUUCGCUGGUGUCAACGGCCACCUCGACUCCAUCCCCGUCAGCAAGAUUCAGCAAUGGGAGACUGAUUUCCUUGCUCACCUCAAAGCCAACGAGUCUGAGCUUCUUCAAACGAUUGAGAAGGAGGGUCAAUUGAGCAAGGAGCUAGAGGCUCAGUUGAAGGAUGUCACAGUUGCCUUCAACAAGUCUUUCUCAUAAGCUCUGUGUGACCGACUGCAAUAUAUUCGAAGAUGAAAGGAGAGGAGAGGAAAAGGAAGCAAAAAAAAAGUAUACUUGACAAAUUAAAUCUUGCCUCUUAGUUUCUAUUUUAAUCCCUUACCCCACUCUAUGCAGCGAAAGGUUAUUUUUGUCUUCGCUUUUUACUUCCUUCUCCUUUGCUUUUUUCCCUUAAUAAAACACUGUCACCACUAUUAUGUAUAGACAAGAAAUAGCUCGUGUACAAUUUUGAAUUCAAUUUUGUUUUUCCCUUUCUUUUUCUUUUCUUUUUUUCUUUUCUUUUCUUUUUUUUCAAAUCCGCGGCUUCUUUUUUUUUUUAAAAAAAAAAAAAAAAUCUUAUUAAAGAGAAAACUGAUCCCCAAAAAGGAUAAAUAAAUAAACAAAUAAACACAAAUCUCCCUUGUUUGGAUAUCGCCUGGGUUUGAUUUUUUUCUCCUUCGCCUUCCUACUAAUGUUGGUUCUUAUGUCCAAAAAUUCCAUCUUUCCUGAUCUCUUUUGUUUCCGCUAAUUUGUCUUUUGAAAUUUGAUAUCUCUUGUUUGAUUUUCAAUGCCUGUAUUUACCCAUCUCUUGAUCUCCUUUUUCAAGCUUUUCUUUUCUUUCUGUAUGAUGGAUGUGGUCGGUACUGUUAUCCUUCUAUCAUAACGAUCAUGAGGAAUAGCCUGCACCUUCUCAUGGGGCUUCUGAGUUCCACAGCUGAGUUAGAAUUGAAGAGAGAGAGAGAGAGAGAGAGAUGCGUGAAAUCUUUUAUUUUUUUCAAAGAAGUGAAAAAGCCAGUGAGGAAGUGGAUAUUUGCUUGAGUUGUAUGUAAUGUGUAGAUUUAUGGCUAAGCCAAGCUCCGUUGAAUUGAAUUGUAUUAUGGCUAUAUACAAAAAUCAGAAAUCAGUGUG